GCCGUCGCCGACCUGAGCGUCCGUCGGUCCGUCAGCGUCGGGCGCGCUCGGCCUGGCCUCCGGGUCGCGGAGCCGCCCUGCAGCGUGGCCUAUUGACAGUCAUUUAACACACCAAAGAGUGCUGAAGUGAGCCAGCACAACAGGUAACACAAGGAAGAGCCAAUGGAGAUUUGGGGAAUUCAAUGGGCUGAAACCUCGAACUGCAGCCUUGGAGACCGGGACAUCUGAGUUUGUAUAAGUAGACUUUUGACCCUGUUUGCAGUGGGCUAUUGAUAGGAAAAACUUGACUGUAGUGCUUAAGCUCACUGUUGGACAAGAUGGAAGGAGAAGAACUGGAAUGUCUAAACCCAUCCUCUGAAAAACGUUAUUUUCCUGAAUCCCUGGAUUCCAGUGAUGGGGACGAGGAGGGGAUUUUGGCCUGUGAGGAUUUGGAACUGAACCCUUUUGAUGGAUUGCCAUAUUCAUCACGUUAUUAUAAACUCCUGAAAGAAAGAGAAGACCUUCCAAUAUGGAAAGAGAAAUACUCCUUUAUGGAGAAUCUGCUUCAAAAUCAAAUUGUGAUCGUUUCCGGAGAUGCAAAGUGUGGCAAGAGCUCGCAGGUUCCUCAGUGGUGUGCUGAAUAUUGCCUUUCCAUCCAUUACCAGCAUGGGGGCGUGAUUUGCACCCAGGUCCACAAACAGACUGCUGUCCAGCUUGCCCUCCGGGUAGCAGACGAAAUGGAUGUCAACAUCGGCCAUGAAGUUGGCUACGUGAUCCCUUUUGAAAACUGCUGUACCAGUGAAACAAUACUGAGGUACUGUACGGAUGAUAUGUUGCAAAGAGAAAUGAUGUCCAAUCCUUUUCUGGGCAGCUACGGGGUCAUCAUCUUAGACGACAUCCACGAAAGGAGCAUAGCAACUGACGUGUUAAUUGGGCUCCUUAAAGACGUUUUGCUGGCAAGACCAGAACUGAAGCUCAUAAUUAACUCUUCACCUCUGCUGAUUAGCAAACUCAGCUCCUAUUAUGGAAACGUGCCUCUCAUAGAAGUGAAGAAUAAGCACCCUGUGGAGGUUGUGUACCUUGGCGGGGCUCGCAAAGAUGUUUUUGAGUCUAUUUUGAGCCUUGUCUUUGAAAUUCACCACUCUGGUGAGAAGGGCGAUGUGGUAGUCUUUCUGGCCUGUGAACAAGAUAUAGAAAAAGCAUAUGAAAUUGUCUGUCAGGACGGAUCUAAUUUAAACCCAGAUCUGGGAGAGCUGGUGGUGGUUCCUUUGUAUCCGAAAGAGAAAUGUAUGCUGUUCAAGCCGAACGACGAAACGGAGAAGGGAAGCCGUGUUUAUCAGAGACGAGUGGUGCUGACGACGAGCUCCGGAGAGUCUCUGAUCUGUAGCAACACUGUCCGAUUUGUCAUUGAUGUGGGGGUGGAACGACGAAAGGUGUACAACCCUAGGAUAAGAGCAGACUCCCUCAUCAUGCGGCCCAUCAGCCAAAGCCGAGCAGAGAUCCGAAAGCAGAUCCUCGGUCCGUCUUCUUCAGGCAAGCUCUUCUGUCUGUACUCUGAAGAAUUUGCCUCCAAAGACAUGAAGCCACUGCAGCCAGCAGAAAUGCAGGAGGCCAACCUGACCAGCACGGUGCUCUUUAUGAAGAGGGUAGACAUCGCGGGCUUGGGCCACUGCGAUUUCAUGAACCAGCCAGCACCUGAGAGUCUGAUGCAGGCGCUGGAAGACUUAGAUUACCUGGCAGCACUGGAUAAUGACGGGAACCUUUCUGAGUUUGGAAUCAUCAUGUCCGAGUUUCCUCUUGAUCCACAGCUCUCCAAGUCCAUCUUAGCAUCCUGUGAAUUUGACUGUGUAGACGAGAUGCUGACAAUUGCUGCCAUGGUAACAGCUCCCGACUGCUUCUCGCACCUGCCACGUGGCACCGAGGAGGCUGCCUUGACUCGCUGGAAGACCUUUCUCCACCCUGAGGGCGAUCACUUCACGCUCAUCAAUGUUUACAAGGCCUACCGAGACAUAACCCUGCGUGCCACUGGCGAGCACUGUGUUGAAAACUGGUGUCAUGACCACUUCCUCCACUGCUCUUCGCUCAGGAUGGCGGAUGUCAUCCGAGCUGAGCUCCUAGACAUCAUCAAGCGGAUCGAGCUGCCCUACGCAGAAGCUGCUUUUGGCUCACAGGAGAACACUCUGAACAUCAAGAAAGCUCUUCUGUCUGGCUACUUUAUGCAGAUCGCUCGGGAUGUUGACGGGUCUGGUAACUACCUGAUGCUGACACACAAGCAGGUUGCUCAGCUGCACCCGCUUUCCGGCUACUCUCUCACCAGGAAGAUGCCGGAGUGGGUUCUCUUCCAUAAGUUCAGCAUCUCUGAGAACAACUACGUCAGGAUUACCUCAGAAAUCUCUCCUGAGCUAUUUAUGGAACUGGCACCACAAUAUUACUUCAGUAAUCUGCCUCCAAGUGAGAGUAAGGAUAUUCUCCAGCAAGUAAUGGAUGACCUGUCACCCAUCUCGACCACGACAAAGGAACAGAAAAUGUGUGAGAAGUGCCCUGAAGCCACUGCUGAACAAAGAUGCGUUAUCCAGUGACGCCUCACGACUGCCCUACACUGAACCCCAAUGUGCAAUAAGGGUCCCAAAGGUACCAAGACCGCUGGGCCCUGGGCUGAUGUGCAGGUAUUUAACGUGAAGAAGGAUAUCACACCCACACCUGAGGAGUUUUGAAAAAUAACGCUUUGUAUAUUAUU